UGGAUGUGGUUAGUGCAGCACAGAGCCUCAUCUCUGUGCUAACACAGACUCUUAAUCAGAGUCCUGUAACACCACGUCCACAAGGUCAAGUUCAGGGUCAGGGCCAGCAGACAGCAGUGCAAGAACAAAGACAGACAAAUACCACCAUUGAUCAGGACAUGGCCAGGUGCAUUUUGCUGGCCACACAGAGCGUGGAUGCCCAAUCAAAUACUUAAAAUCUUUAAUUUGCAGGCACUCUGUACAUAGUUAACCCCUUACAGUACAGUAGUUGACAAAGUUAAACAAACUUAGUUAAACAUGAAAUUAUUUUUAUGACUAUUUAUCUACCAACAUUAAUUUUAUGUUGGAAAACAAAAAUAAAUACAUUUUCUUUUCCUUGUAGGGCCUUUCCUAGCAUGUUUCGAAGACAUGCAAUCUGUGGAAAAAAAAAGAAUACAUUUAGCAUCCCGAACACAUACCAAGCCUGCAAAAGCAUUUAAACCUUAUGAUUUAAAUGUGUAUCUCCUGGAUAAAAAUUCUGAGACCACCCCUUCACCUUCACAUGAACUCAAGCCUGUGUAAGCAGGGCUUGGCAAAAGGACAAUCUCAAUUACAAUGGACAUGACACAUUCAGAGUUUUCCAGCUUACUGUAUGAAGCAUUCCCAAAAAUGGAGGGUUUGAGUGGAGGAUGGAUGCUUUAUAAGGCUACUGGGGGGUGUGGUGUAAGGCGGCUAAACAUUAUUCCUCCAGACUCAGAAGGUUACACUGGAUCCCAAAUCAAAACUGCCUCUGCAUCUGGAAAGACAAUGCUGUAUGUAGUUCCUCUGCAAGAGGAACUGGACCUUAAUCCUCUCCCUAAUGAUGCCAGAAAAUUCAAAAAAAUGCCAAAGGCUACUUGCCAAAUGUGCAACAAAAGCAUGCCCCUGCAGGUGCUGGCUCUCCACAUUCAGGUUUGCAAGUCACAUGAUUCAGCAUCUUCAAAUGAAGAGACAGAAGUCCAGUUUGUCUCAGAAAGCAAUUUGGAUGAGAUGAAACAAGAAAAUUCUUCAUCUGAGUCUGUUUUACCAUGCCCAAUAUGUCAGCUGAAGUUUCCUGUGGACAAUCUUGAACUGCAUGCCAGCCUUUGUGGAGAACAAAAUCUAUUGGAGUCUUUUUUACACAAUGAUGAUCCUUGUAUUACUGAUGAUACAACAGGCAAUUCAAGCUCUCAACAAGUAUUAUGGUAA